ACAACAAAAGGCAGCCAAGUUUCGUGGCGUGGCUGCACAACAACGCGGUUGAGAAAGUAUCAGUGUGUAGUAUACUUUGUCCCCUGAGGGGAUUAUGCAUUGGUUAAUGUUUAGGUCAUGUAGUGAAUUGUGCAGUAUUUUUUCCAAGCAGGGAAAUAUUUUUCCUUCUACACGCACAGCCAAAAUGGCUACAGACUCACUCUGGCUGACUGCAGGAGAGAGAGAGCCACUGCUGAUGGAGUUGAAGGCCACAGGCUGGGUGGAGGUGGAGGGUCGAGAUGCUCUAUAUAAGGAACUGCACUUCAAAACAUUCAACCAGGCUUUUGGCUUCAUGUCUAGAGUGGCUCUGCAAGCAGAGAAGAUGAACCAUCAUCCAGAGUGGUUCAAUGUUUAUAACAAGGUUCAGAUCACCCUAACAACACAUGACUGCGGAGGACUGUCAAAGAAAGACAUCCGGCUGGCCAAAUUUAUUGAUAAAGUUGCACUGACUAUGUAGGACAGUCAAAGGAUAAUUUCACAUUUGUUGGUCUCCCCAUCUACUCGGUCAUCACAGAGAUUGGUUGUAUUGGCCUGCUGAGAGACUUUCUGAAAGAGCUUUCCUACUACACUUAGCUCCUCAUGCCCUGGAACUUAGGAGGCAGGCAAAAUUGUCAACAAGAUUGCUGCAAAAUUAUUCUUGAAUGUCUGCUUUAUUAUUAUAAUUUUUUUACUCAUAAAUACAAGAAAGGUAAAUUCCAGUUACAAACAGUAGGUUUUGAGUUGUGAUAUUGAUAUAAAAAUUGAGUUAGCCAUUUCAUACACUAUGUUGGAUAUCAGUGAGAAAUUAUCCUUAGAACUUUCCAUAAAAUUAGUCCAUUGUACGUCUCACGCUAAAAAAUUAAUGGAUCCUAAAUCCCUACCAAACAUCUGAAAUACCCAAAUUAAAAUGAUUAACUGUAAAUAUCUGUACUGAUGUCAUUGUCCCCUAAACCAACUGGUGAUUAAUAUUGAGAUGCCAGAGCUCCAAAUUAUGGUAAUUUUGUUGAUUAACCUACUAUGUGCGAUCAAAUGAUUUUGUAAAAGAUUUUGUAAAUGACAGUCGCGUUUGUACAUGAUUUUAAACCCCAUGUGCAUCUUAUCUCGCAGUAAUAUAAUGGUUAACAAAAGUGAUCGAUUUAGCUAAAGGGUUUCUGAUUGUAAUCCCUCUGAUUCUCAGUUAUGACCGUUUAGAGCGUAUCAAUGGCUGACUAAGUUGAUUAUGAGGAACGGAAAACGAAUAGCAGCAGUAAUAUUAGGCGUGUUUAAAUUAGGUAAUUUUUUUCUUAAAUGUACAUAUGGGAUUCUACAUUUCUAGUGUGCAUUUUGUUAAAUUAACUGAAAGACCUAGGGCAACGUUAGCUAGUACGUUAAUAUUUAGUUACUAUAGUUACUCUACAAUAUAAAAAGAUCUUUAGACAACUAACUAAAACGAAGUUACAAGUCCACAAUUAAACUGCGUUGGAAAGAGAUUGCUAAUAAUAUUUCAGAAAUACCUUUCAGUUAAUUGGUUGCGUUUGUUUUUUUUUUUAAAGAUAAAGAUAAUAGCUGACGCUAGCUAGCUAAGCGAGUGACUGAGCAGCCUGGUUUCCAUGGAAACCUGUGGAGGUUCUCCACAGGUUUCCACAGUCACCGUAUCCGAUCUCCGAAGUUACACUUGUGCUUUCAUAACAUGGGAUUAAUAUAUAUUUUUUAAAAUUCACCAGUGUACAUUUUUUUUGCUUAUAGUUGAUAAUACCUAGUUGAUAAUAUCGUUGCUGAUUUUAUCAAAUAAAUUUUUUUUUUACUUGGUUCCCUUUGAUAAAAUGUUCAUGUUUCAUAAAAAAAAUAACAAAUGUUGUAAUUUCCUUUACCAUUUCACCUUAGUUUUGACUAAAACAGCUCUUAUUUGCCGUUUCACACAGCUAGGCUAUUCAGUAGCCUAAUACUACAGUUGGAUACAGCACAAAAUAUGUAGGCUGAUUGUAUAUAAAUAUAAAAAUCGAAUCUCGUUUUCUAGACCUCGGUUAAUGGCCCUGGGUAAAAGGAGGGAUUAUUUGCUGCAAUCCUUUGAUAAUUAAUUUGUACCUGUAUAUGUUUCCGAUAGCCUAAUCCAUGUAAUCUGUAGAUACAUUUGCUAUAGCCUAUGUAAGGUCUAAUACAAUGCAAUUUGGUUUUGAAAAGCUUUUGAUGUAGACCUCUGUUUAAUAGGCCUAUUUGCACAAGUAGCCCAGGCCAAGCUAUUUUGUGGUGCGCUACUGAAUUAAGCAGUAUUAGUUUUGUAUUUGAUUAAUUUAAAGAGUAAAAUAAAUUAUUGACGACUUCUGCCGGGAGCUGGGGUGUGUCUUCCCAGCAGUCAUAUAUGUAGAGCAGCUGGUUGAGACGGCUCAGGCCGUAGCCUAUGUAUAUUCUAACUGGGAUGGACAGGCGCAUUAAAGGAUUAAACGCAUACUGUCUACAACACGUGCGCAAUAUUAUUAAAUGGUAAACGAAAGUUUCAGACGUUUUGCUGUUUUAAAAUAAUUGAUGUGAAACAUUACUAUCCAUUGAACACCUUAAUAAAAUAGGAUGUUUUCCCUG